UUCAUACUACUCGUUUGACGCGCUGCCGGCAAUGAGUCUUUCACUUUCGUUUUUCAAAGCCAAAAGCAGUUGAACCACAUUCAGUUCAGAGGGUUACAGCUCGUGAUAAUUGACACAGCUUACGAUCUUCGUUUUGUUUCAGUUGCUGUUCUCUGCUGAGAAUUCAUGAUGUCAGAUGAUGAGUCAAUGGAUGUGGACAUGUAUACAGCAGAUGAUGAGAGACCACAACCCUCUGCGCCCUCUGUGCCACUGAAUACUGUUAAAGUUAAAGUCAAAGUGGACUGGAUGGAACCACUUUCAGAUAGAUGGAUAAAUUCAUUACAUAUAGCCCUCCAGUCCUGGUGUAGCUCGGAUUUUUUCAAAGGCAUUGGAAAAUGUGAAGUGCAAAGUGUUACUCUUGUGGAUCUUGACCAACGCAUUGCAGACGUGCAGAUACUACCAUUAAAAGAUUUCUUUAAAGCUCUUGAAGUUAUAAAAAGUAAUACAGCUAUCACACUGAAGUUCAAGGAUCAAAAUUCUGCUUCUCAUGCUAAGGAAGUGACUGCACAGAUUUUACUGGCUGAAGAGAUGCUAGAGGAUAAAGAAGAACAGGUGAAUAGAACUAAGAACUUGACCGAAGCAAACAAUAGUGUGGAGGUAUCUACACUAAAUAGUGCUUUAAAUGGCACUGAGACCAUGAAAACUGCUGAAAUGACAACUGAAACAAACUCAACUGGAUUAACUGUUCCCCUCUGUUUGUAUUGGUACAUUCUUCAUGCUUACAAAAACGAGUUGGAGCAAAUUGAGAAACAGCAUGGAGUUAAAAUUUCUGAAGAAGUGUCAGUGUCAUUUAACUCGAAGAGAACCCCUGAUUCUGUGUCUAAAGCCUCCAUUGAGCUUCAGAAGCUUGUUCAGGGAUGUAUGGAUAAUUAUGAUGGAGUCAAUAUUCCCUAUACUCAUAUAGAUUCAGAUAUUGUGAAGGAGACAAUGUUUAUCAGUCAGAGGCCGGAUCAAAGGGUCAUGAUGAGCAUAUCUGCCAGUAAUUUUCAGGUCUUUGGACCAAAACAACUUACACAUAUGAUAAGCAGAAAAGUAAAUGCUACAAGACUGGAAAACCAAUUUACUGACAAAGCAAGUACAAUGGAAGUGGAAGGCAGUGUUACUCCACAGAGUUGGUCUUUCUUAGACAUGGACACUAAAGACCUUCCAACUCAAUUUGAGAUGGAUAAGGUUCAUUGGGAUCUGAUGAAACUUUCUUAUACAGAACAAAUAUCAAAACUUGAAUCAAAGUUUGGAGUGUCUUUUAACACUGAAGAUCAGCAGGACAAUUUAACCAUUAAGGUUAGAGCUCAGAGCAAAGAAGGACAACAUACUGAUCUUAAAAAUCAUGCCCUCAGAGCUUUAAUACAAUGCUAUCAAAAAUUUGCCACAGCUCUUGUGAGCUGUGAACCUAAAGACCCUAAAGAUGCAAGUAUUGUGGCAGAGAUCAAAGACAUAUUUGACAAACAACAAUAUUGUGUUGCAGCAGUUGAUGUUUACGGUCACUGGAAGCUUGUUGGACUGCCGGAGCACCUUGGCCCUUGUAUUGAAGAUAUUGAGAAGAAAAUUAUGAAGAAAGUGUUUGAUGAUGAGACAAAGAAAUUAAUUGGCUACUCAAGGGAUAUUCCUCAGGGAAAAGGAAUCACAUGGGAAAACAAACCUACUUAUAGACCAGAAGCAGCAGGUAGCCCUUUACAAGAUGAGGCAAUAAGCUCAAGAGAACAAGAUGGGAGAGAUACUGGUUUUACUGGACAAUCACAAGAAAAGGCAGACAAAGAUUCUAGACAUGACAUUAAAGGUGCACAUGGUGAAGAGGAGCAGUGUGUUAUUUGCAUGGACAAGAUCAACAACAAUAAAAAACUGAAAUGUGGCCAUGAAUUCUGUCGGGACUGUAUAAAUCAGUCAGUGGAGAAGAUGGGAUCCAUCUGUCCUGUGUGUAAAGACGUCUUUGGAAAGUUAGAGGGAAACCAGCCUUAUGGAAAAAUGAGUUUUAUAAAGAAACGCUAUUCUCUUCCUGGGUAUCCAAAGGAUGGCACAAUUGAAAUUCAUUAUGAUAUACCAUCAGGUGUUCAAACGGAUAAGCAUCCAAAUCCUGGACGGCAUUAUCCUGCCACAUAUCGCACUGCCUAUCUGCCAGAUAACCAAGAAGGAAAUCACAUACUCAAACUCCUGCAAAAGGCUUUUGAGCAGAAACUGAUUUUUACAGUAGGAACCUCUACAACCACUGGUGCAAAGGAUGCUGUGACUUGGAAUGAUAUUCAUCAUAAGACCAGUAUGUACGGAGGGCCUCAAGGCUAUGGUUACCCAGAUCCAGAUUACCUGAAGAGAGUGAAAGAUGAGUUAAAGGCCAAAGGCAUUGAAUGAUGAUGCAUGCUGUAUUUCUGUAUGAAAAUGAACCUGGUAUAUACAUAUGCAUUGGGAAUUAUUGCCACUAUAUUAUGUCAUUAUGAAAUAAAUGUUUUCUCCAAAACAUUUUGGUCACAGUGAUUGCUCCCUUUUUAUUUAAUGACCAUGACAGGACCUACAUUUUCUGUGGCUCAUUUAUUUGUGCUUAUUUUGAUAUUUUAUAUCAAUUAGGAUUGAAUAUCCAAACAGCCUAUAUUGUCAGAUUUCUUCUGGAGAAAGUCCCUGACUUUCACUAUAAAAUGAACCCCACAAACAUAGAAAACAGGAUAUUUAAUUGUGGGUGUGAGUAACUCUGUGUGCACCAAAACCAUCGUAUGUGUUUGCUGCACAUCAGAAAUAUGUUCCAUAAUUUUACCUUCUGUGAAACAGGAAAACAUCACAAGUCAAUGUUGUCAGUCAUCAUGGUGUGCUUAGAAAAAUGGAAAUAAUCUUAAAUAAUGUAGAGCUAUUUUCUAGGGGGCUAAUAACUGUGGCCAACGUAUCUUGGAAAGAAACAAUUUCAUAAUGAGUAUGUUUAACUUAAUGUUGUUUUACUUCAAUUUAAUGUUUUGCUGUUUUACUUCAAAGAAGAUUUAAAAUUCUGACCAGGGGUCUCAUUUAUCAAGCGCACAUAUGCACAAACUGGGUCUGGAUAUGUGCGUAUGGCAGUUCCCACCCAAAGGUUGUGAUAUAUAAAAAAACAAAAUUAAUGGGGAAUAGGCUUGCAGGGUGGGAUCUGAUGAUGAUUUAUGUACACACACUUGCAGGUGAUCUGUAAUUUAUAAAGGGAACAUUGUUUUGUUUUAUAAGUCUUAAUAGAUCAUUUAUCAACUUAUCAAUUACAAUUUAGUGCUCAUUAUAUAUAUAUAUUUGAAAAUCAGUUUGUUUACAGAAUGCCUUGAAUAAAGUAUGUAAUAAAUAUAUAAUCAUUCAAUUUUAGGUCAGUUUGUUUUUGUUAAAUGUUUUCUUAAAAUAUCCAUUGUUUUAUGACCUGUAUGUUGAAAAUAUGAAUAGAAGUUUAAUAGAAAUGUAAAACAUGGUCAAAUAUAGAACUGACGAGGGAGAUAUGUAUCAAGUAUAGAAAAAAUAAGAUCUGUUUGAAUUACCUUUUAAGUUGUAUUGUUAUCCUAUUAUAAAAUUCAAUAAAUAUAAUGUUAAGAAAAACUUAAUAAAAAUAC